CAUCCAUACACAUUUUCUAGUGCAACAGGGAACUUGCAAUUCAUUGAAAAUUUAAUAUAAAUUGGAGUGCCAUCCAUACUGUACAUAAUUUCAAUAUUUCUUGUUAUAAUAACACGUGUGCUUGAUGUAUAUGUUACUAGUCAGUUCCACUUGAUUGUUAGAUGGAACAAAUUAUGAAAUAAACCUGCGUUAUGUAUGACUAUCAUGAAUAUGACGACCGUAAUAUGAAAGGUACUCUGAGAGAUUGGCGCAAAGCGCUACGGACCCCAGCGACCUACAGGGUUGGCAACGCAGUGAGGAUACAACCACAGUUUGUGUUACUAAUCACUUUAAUUGGUAUAUUUCUAUUAGUACUAUUUUAUUAUAAUUGGUGGACCCUAGGCCAAACCAACACGUCGUAUAAAUGGACACCCUUAGUGCGCCCAUAUAACACGACUUAUCCCCUCUCAUCACCUAUGAGAUCUGGUGACAUGUUAACGUAUAAGAUAGGUAUAGUGGCAGACCUGGACACUAAUUCAAAAAGCAAUGGAAAGGCACAUACUUACUAUAGUUUCUUAAAGAAGGGGUACCUGACUUAUAACAAGGAGCUGAGUUACGUAACAGUUACAUGGGAGACUCAACCAGCCACUGUGUUAUCGUCUACAUAUUCUCAUAAAGGACGAGGCAUGGAAUUGUCAGAGUUACUUGUGUAUGAUGGAAGAUUACUUACAUUUGAUGAUAGAACUGGCAUGGUGUUUGAAAUAGUGAACAACCAUGUCAUACCAUGGCUAGUGCUAGCUGAUGGAAAUGGCCAAACGGAGAAAGGCUUUAAAUCUGAAUGGGCAACAGUUAAGGAUGAAAUUCUAUAUAUUGGAUCUAUGGGCAAAGAGUGGACAACAGCUAGAGGUGAAUUUCAAACGUAUGACCCUAUGUGGGUUAAAGCAGUUAAUUUCCAUGGAGAAGUACAGCACUUGAACUGGGUGAACCAGUUCAAAAUACUUCGAAAUGCUAUCGGCAUCAAAUGGCCAGGCUACACCAUCCACGAAAGUGGUGCCUGGUCGCCCAUACACGAGAAAUGGUAUUUUCUUCCUCGACGAUGCAGCAAUGAACCUUACAAUGAAACGAAGGACGAAGUAAUGGGUUGCAACUAUUUGAUCACUGCUGAUGCAAAUUUUAAAAAUGUUGAAGCUAGACAGGUGGGUUGAUUUUUUUGCAGGUAAACUGCAACAUUUGCGAAAUUUAUAUCGAAUAUCUAUAU